AUGCGCGAUCCAGGCGGCGUUUUGAGUCGCCAGCAAGAUGCAGACGAGGAUGCGAGGCGGAAAUUCCGCGUCCAAGCCCUGGGCGAUGAGCCCUCGUCGUCCACGGUCGGGCGACCCUGUGUCUUUCUGGAUCGCGCCUCCUUGUGGGGCGUCGCGUCACGCUUCGGGCGCUCGGACUCCUUCUCCGACGCCUCCAUUUCUGAGCUGGGACUGGAAGAGGUCGCUGAGAGCUUCAUGGAGCCCUUCAUGCCCACGGAGCCAGUGCUGACGCAUGAGGUUUCUGAGGCCCCCCACCAGGAUCACCUGGGGCUCCCCAGCGGCGAGGAAGAUCCUGUGAGCAUCCAGGAGAUUUGGGAGCCUGAUUCUGGCAACGUGCUGAUAGAAGAGCAGGAUGAGUCCAAAGAGGGCCCGGUAUCGAGGCUAGACCCGCCUGCUACCUGCGAUAUUGACUGCGUUGAGCAGCCAUUCUACACCUCUCCCGCGUCCGAAACGGAGGGAGGCUUGGCAUCUGCUGUGGACCUUUUGGUGUCCCACCCUCGGCAGUCAGUCUUUCAGACUCUGGAGGCUGUCGACGAUCUGCAGGGACAUGGCCCGGCUCCAGAAUCUGACAUUCCAUUGCCAGCAUUUCCGGGUCGGAGCACCGCCUGGUCCUUCACCGACUCCUUCGAGCAGCUGACCCAUGCAGGCGCUGCAUUCGUUCUUCAGAACAGGCUGCGAGACGAAUUAUCAGCUCCGCCUUGCAUGUUCGGCAGAUCCCACGUCAACAUCCUGGCUUGCCCGGCUUUCUUACAUCGGAGUGCCUGCAGGAGCCUUCAUCAUGUUUCACGAGCAGUACCGUUAAUGAACUUUCGCCAGUUGGCUUUGCCAGCUCACGAGCCGGACCCCCCAUCGCCAAAGUUUAUGGCCCUGAUCGGUCGCUGCAGCGCCAAAACGGCGCAGCUGGGCACUUCGGCGGAUCUCAACCUGGACUUGGAGGCGACCUCAGCGCCCAGACGGAUCAGUACUUCCAGUGCUGCUCGCAGCUCGUCCUUCGGGGAGACGGCCAGCGUGGAGUCCCUGAGCCUGAGUCCCCUGCGCCAGCCGCUCACAGCUGAAGAGAUGCAAGCCGCGCGCAUGGGCUUCUUUUUCGAGAAGGAAGCCAGAGUCGUCGAAGACGACUUGGAGGCAGCCCGGCCGGUGCACGAAGACCUCAGGCCUCCGGACACCUCCGAGUCACCGCCGCCCCGCCGCUGCUUCGCCUGCUGCAGGCCCUGGACCUGGAGGCCGGCGAAGCGCCGGAGCAGGAGCCCCACCGGCACAAGGACUGGUGCACCAGAAGAGGCUUCUGGCAGCGAACACGGCGAGCGGGAAAGUGGCCUUUAG